CAUAUUUUCCCAGUUCCCGUCCUCCCACAUCCAUAGUAUUGCGCUGUGGACUGCCCGAUGACUGCGUGGGAAUAGCAUCACCACCCUCACCCGUCUUGAUACCUUUGUCUACCAUUGAAGCCAUCUACAGCGUGCCAAGCAUCGUCUUCUUUUCUGAUCUCUUUCUACCUGUGUUUUUCUGGGAUCGACUACCAAGGCACACCAGAGCGGCAGGUUCACGUUUCCCAAGCCGAGUGGAAAUGGAAGCAUCCAAAUUGACAUGAUGACCAAAACAUAAGCUAUACGGCUACCUCUACAUACUACACAAGAUCCACCGAAACCUCGAGCCGUUCCCAAAUUGUGAAACUCCCAACGCCCAACUCCUCCGUUUCCAAGUGCCUCCUUAAGCAGUCACAGUCAGGGCCUUGUCCGCAAUGGUGGAAGCGCGGGUGCUGAUGCUCACGCUGGGGUCCAGCAGAUCCAACAUGCUGAUGUUGGUCCCCAGAGCCUGGAUGAACCAGUUGCGCAACUCGGCCGCAAUCAGACUGUCGACACCCAGCUCUGCCACCGACUUGGCCGGGUCAAUGCUCUCCACGUCGACGAACAGCAUCUCGGCCACCACCUUGGUGAUGGCAUCCUGUACCAGCGCCACCGUCCGCCCUCGCCCAGCCUCUCCCUCGCGCACUGCAGCUUCCAGCUCCGCGCGGAGAUGAGCAAUUGUGUUCUUGUUGGAACCCUCCUCGGCUGCGUUUUGUGACCUUCCUGAGUGUCGCUGUGCGUCCGCAAAGGCGCGCAUCAUCAAAGACACGCGCGCGUCACUGUACCACCGUGGUGGCACUGUGGAAGAUGACGAGGAUGUCUCGCUGGCCAUCUCUUCACGUCUUUUCGCCGCCAUUGCUCUGGGAUCCAACACUAGUCUCCUCCGUCACCGUUCGGUUAUUCAAGAAUGCCGGCUCGAGGAGCGCCAGGAACUGAGACUCAUCCAGGGUCAGUGCCUUGUUGCGUUCAAACAUGUCGACGGUAAUCCCGUUGCUGCCGACAUCCGUCACGUCCUUGAUCAGGCUAAACGACACAGUGGACGCGGGCAAGCCAAGCUGUCGGCGGUAUCGUGCAAAGGCAUCCUGGAAGUUGUUGGCAGCCGUGUAUGCACUUUGGGUCGCGAAACCAUACACCGACAAGGCAGAAGUGGUCAUGACAAAGAAGUCGAGAGGCAUCGACAGAGUCGCUUUGUGCAGGUUCUUGGUGCCUGCCACCUUGGCAGACAACCCUUCGUUCCAUCUCUCGGGUGACAGCUUGUCAAAGGUCAGAUCCCUAUACGAGACUGCCGCAUGCACGAUGCCCUUGAUGGGACGAACAGCCGAGAUUGCCUUGAUCGCGCUGGUCACCUCGUCUUCUUUGCUGACAUCGCAGGCAAAGCAUUGAAUCUCAACACCUCGCCCGGCGAGCCCAUUGACCAGCUCCUGGACACUUGGAACGCUGGAGGCAGUACGCCUCGACAAAAGUGCGAGGUGCCUUGCGCCCCUUCCCACCAUCCACCUGACCAAAGAUUGUCCCAAGCCCCCCAAGCCUCCCGUCACCACAUAGCUCGCUUCGGGGUCGAAUUUGACGGUGGGUGCAAAUGGCGCCAUCCGAACCAAACUUUCCGGGUUCUUGAAGCUGGCCACUAGCUUUCCAGAUACUGUGCCAAAAUCGCCAAGUGCCGACGACAAUUGUCCAACGUCGGCCGCCGUUAUUCUUGGAACCGGUCCAAUCACCCCUUGCCGGUAGUAAUCGUCGACGGAUUGCAUGAGCUCCGCCCCAAGCAGUGGAUCCGAAUCGAAAACGGCGAACGGGUCGAUAGAGGCGUAGGUGGCAUUGUGUGGGAGUAACAUCUGACCGACUACUGGCGUCGUCUGCCCAUCCACCCCGCCGAUAUCGACAAGGCACCCAAGCGGUGCCAGGACCUGCAGGAACAAAGACAGGAGCUCCCCACGAGCGGCAGUCACCAUAACAACCUCGAACUUUCUCUUGCGCGUUUCCUCAGCUGCGCGCUGGAGCUGCUUCGAGUCGAGGAUAGAAAUGACAUGCGAGGCGGGUAGGCCUAGCUCCUCAACUAGGAACUUGCCUUGCUCGGCUGUCUCAACUGUUGCAAACACCUGUGACCGCUUUGCCUUCGCAAGAGUGAUGGCUGCCAGGCCAAGGUCCCUGGCGCCCGACUGUAUCAGGAUCGACUGUCCCUCACGGACGUGAGCGACGUGGUCCAAGGCGUAGACGGCGGUGGUGUAUGCGAGCGGCAUUGAGGCCAUCCGGAUCAUGUCAUCGUUGGGCUGAAGCUUCGUUGCGAAGGCAGCAGGCACACGGGUGACAUUGCCAAACUGACCCUUGCCCACUCCAUAGACGCGAUCGCCAACCUGGAUGUUGUGGACUCGGCUGCCUACCGCGGUGACCACACCCGCAUAUUCGGAAGUCAUGUAAUCGCCAUCCACGCGGCCAGCCCAGUGCUCCAAAUCUCUUGAAUUUACGCCCACAGCAUCAACAGCCACAUCGAUGAAGUCGGCCGGCAACGGCUGCAGGAGUUCUUUGUAGGGAAUGAAGUACAAUGAGUUCAGCACACCGGGCGUCUCGAAAGCAGCACGUACUCCCCCUGUCUGACUGGGGCUGCCAAUCGGACGUAGUUCCGGCUUCAUGCUCCUCGUCUCUAAGCCGUACUGGGAGUGGAAUCCGGCAUCUGGGACGUGACGGCUAACCCACAGGCAACCGUUUUGCCAAACGAACUCGCGGUCAGCGGGGUCGCCACCAUCGCUCUCCCCAUCCACAAAUACAGGAGCCGAUCCGCUGGCUUGACGAAACAGGUCACACUCGCCGUCCACGAUGCUGCGAGCGAGCUCGUUUGCUUCAGCAGCAUCUUCAAUCUCAAAGUUGUCCACGUCGAUAUCGAUGGACAUGUACUGGCUGGAGGGGUUCUCAGUCUGGAGUACGCGAAGCAGGCCUGAGAUCAAGGCACCCUCGGCAGCCCGUCCCUUGAUGGUACCGCAACUUGUCAGAGCGACCAAACUCGUUGCACUGCGUGCCAGGUAUUGCAUGGUAGCCAGAUUCUCCUCGUUGGCCUUGAUCAGCAGGUGGCUCUCGUCCAGCAAUACGACCACGCGCGAUCCGGGAGAAAGCUCCUUUGUGACGUCGUUGAACGUGAUAGCCUUUACAUUGGUACCCCGCUGUUGCAGUUCUUGACAUAUAUGAUCUACCAGAACUGGUGUUCCGUUGCUGCCACCAUGCACCACAUGGACAGUCGUUGCGGACUGGGCUGCCGGCAACGGUUCAGGCUCUUGCUCAGGCACCUUGGCAAGAAUAACCGAUGUGGUAUUAUGGGGUUCCGGGAAGUCAUCAAGUACCAGGUCCAGCCCAGCGAAGCCUGCUUCUCUCAGGCAACGGUCCCAGUCCUUCAGGCUCUGGAAAGGAGCAUCCACACGUCCAUCUGGAAUGCCGGCCCAGUAUCCCGUAAAGGUGCCCACAACAACGCCUGGCACGAUGAAGUUCUCCGUGGUCUCAACCAGAACGAGUCGACCACCUGGCUUGAGGAGCUUGCGGCAUCUUGACAGCGUCUUGGUCAUGUUCGAGGUGGCAUGAAGGACUUGACACGCGAUAAUCAGGUCAUAUGUCUGCUCCUCGUAUCCCUGUGCCACUGGGUCCUCUUCAAUGUCAAAGACGGAGAAGUUCAUAUCCCUCAGAUCGGCCAUGGAUUCCUUGGCCGCCGACAGGAAGCCGGGCGAGAUGUCUGUGAAGGUGUAAUCCCGGUAAGCCUUGAUGCCGUUGGGGCCGUUAAAAGCCUUCAUGGCGAUCCGGGUCGCGCCACCAGUACCGCCUCCAAUCUCGAGAAUCCGGAGGUUUGGGUUGGCGUGGGCAAGGCCAGCUAGGACAAUGGAGAGCUGUGGAUAGAUGCCUGUCAUCAGGAGGCCUUCCUGAUAAAGUGGUGUCAGAAGGUUCUCCCCGAUGAUGACUUCCAUCCCCGUUUUUCGUUCAUACAGAAUGUCGGCCGCAUUGUCGUGCAGAAGCUUUGCGAUCUUGACUUCCAUAAUGUCAGGUGCCUGGGCGACAAGUUCUUCGAUCUGCUGAAGCAGGGCACCCUUAGCUGCCAGCUCUCUUGCCUCUUCCAUCAUCUCAGAAUGAUCACUUUCACCCUUUCUGAUGAUCCAGUCAAAGAAGUGGCCGACCUCACCCGAAGGCUGGGGCCGAUCUGCCUGCCGCCCGAAAGUUUCAUACAUGCUGUAUACAAUAAAGUGGGCUACCUUGUUCGUGAUCCCCCACAGUGGCGCCUUGUCAACAUUCUUGGUUGGUGGAGGGUAUAUCUGGCGAGCUUGGCUGUUGCUGAGCUUGCGGAUGUCCGGCUUCCACACUAGGCGAGUGUAGGGGCUGCUGAAUGCCCUAUCCACCGGCUUGGCCUCACUGGAGAAGCUAACGCAUCGGAGGGACUCGGCGUCAAGCAGAAGCUUUCCAUCUGCACCCAGGAACUGCAGAUCAAGAUGGGCACUCCGGAUACCGCGCCGCUGCCCACGAGCCACAAUGGUACAUGUCUCGCCGCCACUGGCUAGGCUGUUGUCGAUGUACAAACUGGAGAAUUGUACCGGUACGAAGGCAGUGGUAGCCUCGCUCGGCCGGCCUCCGUGGCACGCAACCAAGCCCAGCUGAAUGGCACCGUCCAGGGAGGCCGGGUGUACGGCGUACCGGGACUCGCCACCCUUCAUGACACCAAUCCCGGGCUGCAGAUGAACGGUCGCCACGGCCAAGUUUGACGCCGCAUCAACACGGAUGUCCGACAGAGGCUGGAACACCGGACCGUAGCCGAGGCCAAUGUCCAAAAACUUCUUGUACCAAGCCUUAACGUCCACGGCCCUUGGUGCGUACGGAGCGGCAACUCGACCGUGUUCGACGUCAAUAUCAUAGCCUGUCUCUUGAACCACCACCUUGACUCGUCCAGUGCAGUGCUCCGUCCACUCAUUGGUUUCGCGGCCAACUGAGCUGAUGGAAAAGGUAGCCCAUGCAGGUGAUUGCGCUGUGGCUAGGUCGACAAGCUCCAUGCUCGUGAGUAUCUCAACGCCGUAGUCGUCUUCUGGGAUUACAAGGCUCUUCUUGAUGACGACGUCACGUAGAGAGAAGCCCUUGACCUCGAACGGCUUGGGGAACUCAUCGUAGAUGCGUGACGCAGCUUCUACCGCCAUAGCGAUGUACGCGGCACCUGGCAGGACGGCAUCUAUUCAACGGAGCCAAAUGUCAGCUACUCUACAUAAGUGCAAUAUUCGCUGCUUGAAAGAGGGGAGUGCUUACCUGGCACAAGGCGGUGAUCGCCUAACCAUGGGACGUCCUUCAUCCGGAGAAUGUUCCGCCAUUGGGGCCGCAACUUUGCAUUGCCGACGACCUUCGAGCCGAGAAGGUCAUGUCUCAACACCGACCGGUACCGGUACUCCUUGCUGGCCCGGCUCUCAUGAUAGUUCAGGCCGUUAUAAGUGUACUGGUAGGGUGGCAGAUCGAGACAGGUGCUGCCGUGUUCUAGGCUUCCGCUGUGUCCUGCUUCCCCAUCAACAGCAUUUACGGCGGCAAGGUCGAUGGGCGUGUUUAAAGUGAACAGCGUUCCGGCGAGUUGCAACAUGGAUGGCCGGGCGUCCUCCUGCCUCUUGAGCGUGGAGGCAUACGCCACAGCCUUGCCAGCGGCCUUGACAAUCUGCUCCACCGGGCUCUUCAGCGCGGGGUGCGGUCCAAUCUCUACCAAAGCGUGGAUGGUGACAUUCUCGUUGCGUACCAAGCUUGCAACAGCCUCCGAGAACUGCACAGGUGACUCGAGAUUGGCCCUCCAGUAAGCGGAUGGAUCGUCAAACGACUCAGUUGUGUCUUUGUUGGGUUUGACAGACGAUACCCACAAUGCCUUGGGAUACCGCUGCUCUGGUGAGGCAAGGCCGAGCUUCUGGAUGUGUUGAAGGCCCUGGCUCAGCAUCUCGAUGUACUCACGCCCAAUGGGAAGCAUGUGGUGUGAGUGGUAAGCAUUGCCGCCCGUCUGGAGUUUUCGAUUGAAGAUGCUGUCGGCGGCCAAGGCUUUCGAGAUACUAUCAAUGGCUGCUGGAUCGCCGGACAACGUGACGCUUCCUGGCGAGUUGAUUGCUGCUACCUUGACCUGAUCCUCCAGGCCAGAGAGAUACUUGGCUACCGCUUCAGGGCCCAGGCCGACAGCCAGCAUUGCACCGGUCUGUCGGUUCCGUGAUACCGCCUGACCGCGGAAGUAAGCGGCUACGAUGGCUUCGGCAGCUGUGAUACGACCAGCAGCGUACGCCGCAGCCAUUUCACCGGAAGAAUGUCCAGCAACACUGUGAGGUCUCACGGACCACGAGGCAAGCAGAUCAACCAGGCCAACUUGUACAGCAGUGCAAACAGCCUGAGAAAUCUCGGCUCUCUGGAUGAGGGCAGCAUCACAGUCUCCGGACAGGAUUUUCUCUAGUGACCAGUCCGGACCAUUGGGCAGCGAGCUGAGGACAUGAUCCAGGUACCGGAUCGCUGUGGAGAACACUCGAUACUCAAACAGCUGGGCACCCAUGGCAUGCCACUGAGCGCCUUGGCCGGUGAAAAUGAAGCCAAGGUUGGUGGGUUGCAAUGGUGCUCUUACCACCCUGCUCUUGGCCGCGAGGCCCUCAACAACCUUGUCUUUCUCUACGAUGCAGAAGGAUCGCUGGGCAAAUUUGGACCGUCUGGCACCCAAGGUGUAUGCGACAUCUGCCAACGGUAACUUGUCGACAACUUGAGACAACGCUUUGAGGUUCAGCUCGAGAGAGUUUUCGUUGUGAGCAGAGAGGGGGAGGAGGACAAGUGGUCGUGUGUUGGCAUUCGGCGAGGCGGUCAUCUUUGGCCUCUGAAUCAUGGGACGAUGCGAAGGCGAACCGUUGCGCCCGUUCAUAUGACCAUUCACACCGUUUGUUGUAUCUCUGGUGCUGCGCUUGUAGAUCCCUGGCGCAACAUAAUCCGGCAGCACGAUGUUGACAUGGUCGAUGAUGCAAUGACCGUUGGCACCACCAUAACCGAACGAGUUGAUGCUUGCUCUCUGCAGGCGAUCCUUGGGCCACGGCGUGACCUCGGUCACUGGCUGAACCUUGGCACCCUCGAAGUCGAUGUUGGGGUUCCGGGUUUGAAGAUCGUAGAUGGGUGGGAUUGCACCGUGCUCUAGAGCAAGAACAACCUUCAUAAUGGACGCCAAAGCGCUGGCACCUUCCCCGUGUCCCACGUUACUUUUCACGGAACCGAUAAGUAGCGGAUCGUCGCUAGACCGUUCUGGAGCAAAGACUCUUCCUAGUGCGGCUACUUCGAUUGGGUCUCCGACAUACGUGCCUGUUCCAUGGCAUUCAAAGUAGCUGGUGUCGCGGAACGGCAGAUUGCCGGCGUUGCGGUAUGCUUCCCGGAUGACCGUCUCUUGUCCGUUGGCACUAGGCCUCGUGAUGCCGCCGGUUCGUCCAUUGGAGUUGAUGGCUGUUCCUCGGAUCAUUGCGCGGAUGGGUGACAUAUCGGCGAUAGCGAGGGAAGGUCUCUUGAGAUAAAUGGCGCCGAAUCCCUCGCCGCGAGCGUAGCCUUCCGCCCGAGCGUCGAAGGUGUGGCAGCGCGCAGAUGCGGAGAGUGCGCCGAGCUUGUCCAAGGCAAUUUGCACCCCGGGAUCGGCGAUCCAGUUGGCCGAGGCGACGAUGGCCGAAUCACAGUCCCCGGCGCGGAUGGCGUUGACUGCGAGGUGGAGGGCGUACAUGGAGGACGAGCAGGCGGUGUCCACCGUGAGGCUGUCGUUAGAUGUCAGUACAUGCCAUAUCAGUUUCCCUGUAACCGAGACAUGCAGAAGCUACGCACCUUGGCCCUUGAAGAUUGAAGAUAUAGCUGAUGCGGUUGGCAAGAAUGCUGGUGCCGGCGCCAGUAAAGGCAUACGGCCUCGGGUUGUCCCAAUCCCGCGAUUGAAUCAUCCAGUGAUCAAGGCAGAAGUUGCCAACAAAGACUCCCGUCCGGGUCCCCGAAACGCUCUCCCACGUCUCUCCGGCACUCUCGAUGGCUUCAUAGGCCACCUCAAGCAACUUGCGUUGCGAAGGGUCCAUGGUUUCGACUUCCAGACCGGUCAUGCCGAAGAAGGUGUGAUCAAAAAGACGAGCAUCCUGCUCAGCAAGAAAAGCGCCCUUCAUGGACAUGGAGCCCGGCCGGUCCGAGUUGGGAUGGUGAAACCCGGCUGAAGAGAAGCGCGGGUCAUCAAACUCCUUCCAGCCGUUGACUUUGUUCCGGAGAAACUCCCAGAAUUGAGAGGGGUCGUGAACACCGCCUGGCCAUCGGCAUGCUGGCCAUACCCCUACGUCAGUACUGGUUGUUUCUGUAGUCGUGAGGUAAAGACGACUUACCCAUGCCCACAAUGGCCACCGGCUCAUGAGGGUCGUGCUUGAAGGUGGAAGACAUCGCUAUCGUACUUGAUGGUGAUCUCUGACACGGUCAAGUGUGCAGAAUGUUGAAUGGAAAAGCGUGUGGACUAUGGGUUGUUGAAAGUAAGUUGCCCGGCGUUUAUCUUAUGACAUGAAGGGGGCAGUGGCUGGUUCCGUCCUUAUUCCUCUCUUCCUUUCUCUGUUCAGUUGAGUCCGGCUCUCGUCAUUUAUGCUCAUUGCCUACGCGUUCCACUUCGUUCUUCAAUGGCCUUGUCAACCGUAUAGCACCCCCAACUGCCGUUAUCGUCACCAAUCCGGACUCCGUGUUUCCGUUGCAUCUGAUAGUACGCAGUGGUCUCGGGAUCUGCAUUGCGGCUCCGGUGCGAAGUCCUUCUUUUCCAAAUUCUUCGGCCGAGAGCCAAGAGUCGCAGCCCAUUAGACCCAUGUUGGAUAACGAUGCAGCUCAUCGGCCGACAGAGGAUGGUGCUUACAAGCGGGCCGGAUUCACGACUGGUACGGCGGGCCGUGAGAAUGUCAUCCAUCCCCGUCGGGCAUAUCCAUGCCCGUCAGCACUAAAGGCUCGCCAGCCUGGGAUCUCACAUCGCCCAUUGGUCGACGAUCUACAAAGACGUGUGGGUUGUGCACCAACUCCAGCGAUCUGAUUCUGAAAUACUUGACCUUCCGGUGCCAUUGUUCUCAUCAUAUCUUGGGAGCUGAUUCAUUCUUGUCUGAUUCACUUUUCCAAGUCACUUCCAUCUAUUGUUUCUUCUCUGACAACACUACCACCAAGCAUCCAAGAUGGGCAGCCUUUCAACAGCCGGCGUGAAUGACUCGCCUUCACCCUCCAUUCUGGGUUUGGCGCAGAGCAUACUUUCCGCCGCCCAGGAUAUCACCAAGUAUCUUCAGGUCAACAAACUUCCCGAGCCAUCCUUUUCCCUUGAAUCUCAAGAUCCCCCUCACGACCAUCCUGAAUAUCGCCGCCUCCACGCGUCUCUCAAGGCGAACCUGGAAGAUCUGCAACUCCUCAUCGACGGUCCCAGGAAGUGGCUCAGAGCCUUCUGCUGUACCGGCUACGAUCUGGGUGCCCUUCAGGUCGCUCUCGACUUCGACUUUUUCCAGCACGUACCGGCUCAUGGGGAUAUUGCAGUUGAGGAUCUCGCCAACAAGGCAGGCCUUGAUGUUGACCGUACCAGCCGCAUCAUCAGACAGCUCAGGACCUACAGGAUCUUCGAAGAAUUGCAGCCUAGGAGGGUUUCUCACAGCCCUUCCUCCCUCGUGAUUCAGCAGGAUGAGCAGCUCCGGGCCGUCGUCCACUACUCUCUUGAUGAGAUGCUCAAGGCGGCUGCCGACUGCAAUGUGAGUCUCAAGGCAAACCCUUACGAGGCGCACCAAAACCUCAACCCCUUUGUCACCCGACAUGGCGUUGGCAUCUUUGAGUUCUACCAAAAAGAUCCGGAGAAGGCUCGGCGGUUCGCCAAGGCUAUGGCCGGCCUGAGGAAGAUGGAUAGUCACCUUGACUUCCUGCUCAAGGAUGGGUUCAACUGGUCUGCUCUCAAGGGGACCGUCGUUGAUGUCGGCGGUGGUAAUGGUCACAUUUCCAAGAGCUUGGCUCAGAUCUACCCCGAUUUGGACUUCAUCGUGCAGGACUCCAACGCCGACAUGCUCGCUGAGGGCAAAGAAUCUCUCACCCAAGACCUCGCCCCCCGAGUGCAAUACAUGCAUCAUAGCUUCUUCGAUCCCCAGCCUGUCAAGAACGCCGCCGCUUUUCUGAUCCGCCAAUGCACUCACAACUGGGCCGACAAGGACGUGGUCACCAUCUUCAAGGCCUUUGUCCCCGGUCUGGAGAACUCAAGCCCCGAAACUCCGCUACUGAUCAACGACAUUAUCAUUCCCGAACCUGGAACCUGGCCACGUCAUCAGGAGCGCAAUGUGCGCCAGGUCGAUAUGGUGAUGCUGGUCAACUGUGGCGCUAAACAACGCACGAAGGCCGAGUUUGAGCAGCUUUUGAAGCAGGCUGACAAAAGAUAUGAGAUCAAGAAUGUCUUUGAUGAUGGACCGUUGGGUCUGCUGGAGGUUUAUCUGAGAAGAUAGAUGUGCCUUGAACGGUAUCGAGGUGGAUGAUAUGCGUAUCCCACAUGGACAAGAUGAAUUUACUUCCAGGCUGCGUUCUUGGCCUCCUUUGCCCUUUUUUACCCAAUAACCAAUUCUACAUUUCUCUUUGUUCACUUGUAAAAGACAAGCGCAAACAAUGUUCAUCGUCAAACAUGGGCCGCAUUGCUACCUCUAGGCAGUUACAGGAAGCUUCAAAUUGUGUUUCGAUCUGAUGUGCGUACAAUGUAUCUUGUAUCUGGAGUCUGGAGCCUGGGAUCCGACGAAAAGUGCACCGACAGGUAUCUAGUCGUGCUGCGGUCUUGGACCGUCCCAUCUGAUUUCUUCGGCCGACAAUGUCUUGGCGAUAGAGACAGUGUUGGGCCAGGGUUCUGACAAUAUCGCACCGAAUACCUCUACAGUGCCUCUCUCCUAGCAAUAUCUUGGAUUCCGGUGACGGCUCAUCUAUUCACACAACGACAAAGGGGAGAAGGGAAAAUAGGGUCGAUGUUCUAUUAUUCAUUCUUGGUCGUCAACGUAAACUUACAUGGGGCGAUGGCUGCGAACCAUUUCUCCCUUGAAGCGUUGAGUCACAGCUUGCGAAGCCGCACAUGACAUUGCUGCGGCACACGAGCAAUGCCCUCCAGUCCAGCAUAAGAUGACAGCGCCGGUGGGGUCUUCAACAGCUCGAAGUUCCAAACAAGCAUGGAAAUCACGAUCCGCAUCUCCAUGUACGCCAACCUCCUCCCCCAGCACGUACGCGGCCCCAAGCCAAACACGAGCUGCGGGCCAGCAGCUCCGUCAAAGUCUACAUCAUCUGCCAGAAGACCGUUUCCUUCCCUUUUGCGUACCAAC